GCCAUGAUUCUUGGUGCACUGCUGGUGAUUGUGGUGGCCAGUACUGGAGCACUGGUUUAUGGACAGUCAGUGUUCUUCAAACUGGGACCAACCUUAUAUAACACCAACAAUACUGAGAUCCUCAUCACUGACAUUGGACAGGAUGCCUUGAAUAGUUUCCCAACUCUCACCUGUCAUACUGACCUCACUACCUGCUGUAGAAGUGUUGCUGACAACAAUGGUAAUGGAGGACUAGGACAGUGGACGUAUCCUGAUGGGACGUUGCUGCAAAACCAGAACAAAGCAAUAGCUGCUUCAGAGUGUUUCUUCUUUGUGAGGAAUGCACCUCAGACCAUCAAACUGGCUCGUAGAGAUAAUGUCAACCCCAUCACUCCAACUGGGUCCUACUGUUGUACUGUACCAACUACUGGAGGAGACAUGACCCUCUGUGCUAACCUGGUGGUGUGCUUGUCCCUCCCUCCCCCCACCAAUGGAGGGGUCUCCUACACUGACCCAACACUGGGUGAUGGUACCGUGGCCACCUACACCUGUGACACUGGCUACACUCUCGAUGGAGACACCACCACCAGGACUUGUGGGAGUGGAGUGUGGAGUGGGUCAGCUCCAACGUGUGAUGCAGCUACCACCAUGGUUACUACUGAAGAAGAAGUUACCAUGGCCACCACUGAAGAAGAAGCUACCAUGGCCACCACUGAAGAAGAAGUUACCAUGGCCACCACUGAAGAAGAAGCUACCAUGGCCACCACUGAAGAAGAAGCUACCAUGGCCACCACUGAAGAAGAAGCUACCAUGGCCACCACUGAAGAAGAAGCUACCAUGGCCACCACUGAAGAAGAAGCUACCAUGGCCACCACUGAAGAAGAAGCUACCAUGGCCACCACUGAAGAAGAAGCUACCAUGGCCACCACUGAAGAAGAAGUUACAAUUGCCACCACUGAAGAAGAAGCUACCAUGGCCACCACUGAAGAAGAAGCUACAAUGUCUACGGAUGCUUUGACGACAGAAACGCCUACUUCUGCUGUGUGCUCUGACCUCCUCACCAUCAACAACGGGACCAUAGUCUACAGUAGUGGAUCACCUGACAACAGACCUGAGGAUGUUACAGCUAUUCAUUCUUGUGACGCUAGCUUCAGUCUUGUUGGAGAGGCCGUGAGGACUUGUGGGAGUACUGGAGAGUGGAGUGGGUCACCUCCAACCUGUGUGGUGGUUUGCAUGGACCUGGUUGCACCUCUCACUGGAAGUGUUGUGUAUGAUAUGGGGUCCAAAGAUAGCAGACCAGUGGGUACCAUGGCAACGUACACCUGUUCCACUGGCUACAUGGUGGUUGGUAGUGUCACUGUGACCUGUCAAGCUGAUAGGACCUGGAGUGACAGUGCUACCUGUGAAUUGAUUUGUCCGGACCUCUCUGAGCCAGACAAUGGCAAUAUAGUGUACAGCAACCCCAUUCCCAGAGAUGUUGACUCAACGGCUACCUACUCCUGCACUACUGCUGGCUAUCAGCUGGUGGGGAUAACAGAGAGGAUGUGUACUGCCAGUGGAUGGAGCACUGGGACUGAUCCAACCUGCAUAUUGGUGACAGUGAUGUCCACUGGAACACCUACAGCUGGACUGAGCUAUUCUCUCACUUGCACUGCUGAGCUAUCAACAACUGCCACGCCCACCUUCCAAUGGUCCCAGGAUGGGAGUGUGAUCACUGUGGGGGGUACCAGGAUCAUUGUGGGGGGUGGAGAGAGCACCUCCCCCUACACCAACACUCUCACCUUCAGUCCAAUACAACAAUCACACCAGGGGGCCUACAUAUGUCAGGUUACCGUGGAUACAGUCACUGCUAGCAGCCCCUCCACUGACGUCACUGUGGGAGUACCCACUCUAAUGGCCACCGUAACACUGGCCCCCUCUCCAAUGGCUGGUCAGAGCUACUCCCUCACAUGUACUGUGACUGGAGCGGAGGCUCUGACUCCAACCAUCUCCUAUCAAUGGUUCGAGGGCUCCAGCUCACGUGUGAUGUUGCCUACUACCUUCGCUGAUCUCACCUUUGACCUCCUUAACCUCUCUGACGCUGGCCAGUAUAGCUGUGAUGUCAUUGUCAGCUCUCCAUUCGUGACCUCUGACCUCACAGCUUCCAGUGGAGUAGAGGAUCUCAUCAUUCAGAUUCCACCCCCCACUGUGAGUGUUAGUCAACCACCCACUGUGUUCCUGGGGACUAUGUUCACACUGACAUGUACUGCUGAGCUGGCAGCCUCCGUGGAUGUGGGUGUGACUGUGGGUGUGGUUUGGACAGGUCCUGACCAGUUCACCAGCUCUAAUACAAUGGCUAGUCUCACAGCAGGAGAUAGCUCUCACGCUAGUCAACUGAUGGUGGCCAGUGCUGCUCAGAGUGGAGACUACACGUGUGCAGUUACUCUGGACUCUGUGUCUAACCUUCUAACAGACAGCGAUCCAGCCACUCAAGUGCGACCUAUCAGUGUUGUGGGUGCCCCCUCCUCUCCUGUGGUGACCUCAGUACCACUAAUAAACUCCAUCGCUUUCUCCUGGACCCAAGAUGAUCAGAGUGAUGUUGUGCUGACUUAUGGUAUUGUGUUUGAGUAUAAUGGAUCAUGCUCUGAAAUGGUUGAACCGAGCGUAAAUUCUGGAUUCUUCUUUACAACAUUCACUCCCACCAACCUGUUCAGUUUCAGCAACUAUCGAAUGACAGUCACAGCUGUCAAUCCAGUUGGAUCCACUACAACGGUUGUCAUAGUUACCACUCUUCCCAAGGUUCCUAGUGGACCUGUACUGAACCUUGUGGCUAGUUCCUUCAGCUCUACCUCAGUCACCAUUACUUGGGACAGAGUGUCUUGUGCCAUGAGAAACAGUGACAUCACUGGAUAUCAGAUUAGCUAUGUUUACACAGUUGAAGGUACCACUCUGGAUAGUGUCAACAUCCCUGGAACUGACAUGAGGGAGUUCACUGCAUCUGGUCUCAUUCCAAGAACCCAGUACACAUUCCUAGUCACUCCUCUCAGUAAUAGUGGCAUGGGAACUCAAGUGGCCAGUGUUGUCAGGGAGACAAGUCUAGCAGAAGAGCUGUCUCUGUUCCUGGGUGGGCAGUUUCUGAGCAACCAUGCUAUAGUGACCCCCUCUGACAUUGGGGAGACCAACAAUGCCCUCCUCUGUCUAACACCAGUCCUUGAUUGCUGUGACAGCUCCAAUGGACUGGCAGGAGAUUGGUUUUACCCAAAUACGGGUGUAGUAGCAAGGAAUGGAUUCGGCCUUCCACUUUUCAGAAACCGUGGUCCCAGUGUAGUGAGGCUAAACCGCGUAGCAGACAGUGUUGGCUCUGGAGUGUAUCGCUGUGAGCUACUGUCAGCAGUGGGUGUGUCUGUGAGCCUCCAUGUCGGUCUCUACCCUCUUGGUGAAGGUGCUCCCACUAUACCUGAUGAGCUGGUGUUCAAUAGAGUUGCCCUCACUCUGAGGUGUGUGUCUAAUGGUGGUCCAGCUAGUGAGGUAGUGUGGACCAGGAAUGGAGCAGCUGUGUCUACUGGAUACACUCUCACACAAACUGUCACCAACACAGCCACUGCUACCUAUGAGAAUGUCCUGACUGCUACUACCAUUGCUGAUCUGGUGGGUAACUUCACCUGUACAGUCAACAACAACAGAGGAACCUCCAACACUGUCAGCUUCUCCUUCAAUGGUAUUGACAUUGAGGGUGUUGAAGGUCUGGUAGUGGGCAGUGAUGCUACUCUGAGGUGUGUGAGUGUGUCUCCAGCUACCAUGAUCCAAUGGAUCAACACUGCUGGAGAUGAGAUUACCAUGACUACAAUGGGAUUGACCCUUGACCUCCCCUUGACCCCAGUCACUGACACUCUCCACAACUCAGAGUUCACUUGUCGAGUAACUAGAUCCCCAAGCAAUGGAGGAACUGGAGAACUCAGUACCACACUCACUGUGAUUGUGCCUGAGAGUGCCCUCAGUGUGUCCAUCACCUCCCCCUCUGCUGUGGUGGCUGGUAGUGACUACAUCUUCAGAUGUGAGGUCACUAAGGUCAUACUAGGACUCGCUAACACACCCACUGCUGUGUGGGAGGCCUCUGAUGGACAACAGAUCACCACAGGGGGUAAUGUCAUCAUCACUAACCCCUCUACUGGAGUGACAGAGCUUAGCUUCACUGGCAUCAGAACAGACCAAACUGAUCCGUAUAUAUGUAGAGGAACACUCACUUCACCUGCUCUGAUGGUUGCUAGGGAGACAACAGACUCAGUCUCUGUUAGUGUACAGCUUCCUCCACCUAUUGUGAUUCUGACCACACCCACAUCACCACUAACUGCCGGCACAUCCCAGGAGCUCACUUGUUCUGUUACCGUGGAUACAGCCGUCACCACGGACGUUGACGUGAGUAUUACUUGGGAGAGGAUCAGAGGAUCAGAGGUUGUUGCCAUAACAACUGUGACCCUGAAUGAGAAGACCUCCAGCACUCCAGUGAUCCUGACAGUGAACACUAUGGAUACAGACUACACAUGUAGAGCCACGUACAUGACCACCUUCGGAGUCAUGAGUCCUCCAGCAGAGGACACUCAAGCCAUCACUAUCACGAUCCCCCCACCCCCUGUGGUGACCAUCAGUGUGUCUGGUGACUCUGUGGCAGGCUCCUCCCUCUCUCUCCUCUGUACUGCCACGCCCCCUAUCCCACUAGUGACCCCACCCACUAUCUCCUGGGUACAACAAGACCUCGCUGAUACCAUUACUCCAGUCACCUCCGACCCCUCAGCUAGCGUUAAUCUGACCUUUGACCCCCUGAGAACCAGUCGUGGCGGUAUGUACAUGUGUAUGGCAGGUUACAACAUUUCUGACGCUGACCUCCCUGACCUCUCCAACACUGCAUCCACCAUUGUCAGUGUGCAAAUCCCGAGACCUGAUGCCAGGAUCACCUUUGACCCCAUGAUGGAUAACUACACUGUUGGCCUGUUCCUGACCCUGGGUUGUGAGGUCACUCUAUCAUCAGCUGUUGAUACUAUGGUGAACCUUGACCCCAUCUGGCGGAGAGAGGGGGUCGUACUGACCACUGGAGACCAACUCACUGUGGGGGACUUCCCUAUUACUAAUGAUGACCAGGUGUACACUAGCUUGUUGGAGUUCCAACCAUUGACAAGAGACUUUAUUGGCAAUGACACCUUGUAUGAGUGUGAGGCCAGUGUAGUGCCUCAGAGUGAUACCUUCAUCACUGGAACCACCACCAACACAUCCACCACACUCACUGUGGGAGUGGCUGACUUUUCUGCCUCAAUCAGCUCUGACUCCACUGUGCUAGCUGGCUCUGAGCACACUCUAGUGUGUCAAGGAGUGAGAGGAGAUGACCAGGCUGAUGGUACCACACUGGAGGUGGAGUGGUUCAAUCCUGAUGGUGUCCUCAUAACUGGAGAGACUAGUGGGGUCAUGAUAACAGGAGUCACUGACAUCACUACUGACCCUACCCUCAUGAGCUCUCUGAUCUUCCCCAGUCUCCAGACAUCUCAAGCUUGUCCCUACACGUGUAGAGUCAACCACACUAUACCUGACACCACCAUCACUGAUCAGAGCAUCCUGAGCUCAUCAGUGGUCACUGUGCAGAUCAAUACCCCUCAAGUGAUGAUCAGUGCUAGUCGGUCUGCCACACUGUACGAGGGAACUACUGGUCAGGUCCUACGCUGUGUGGUUACCCCUGACAACACUGGAGUGAACACAACCACUAGUGUGACACGAGAUAUAACUGGAGGUGUUGACAGAGACACGACUAGUGACACUGUCAGUGAUGGUGUGAUUAUUGUGGAGGAGGCCGUUCAAGUGCUGAGUCUCAGUGACACUGGGACCUACACAUGCUCUGCUACUGUGGACUCUGAACCCAACAAUAUGUACAUUAUGUCAGCCACCAAUACAGACACUCUGAGCAUAACUGUGGAGGUCCUCCCAGACCCUGUUGUGGAGAUAUCACCCAGUAGUCUCCUACCAGUGCUGGCUGGGUCCUCCCUCGACCUCACCUGCUCAGUCUCAGUGGAGGACCUUCUCUCUGUGGAGCCACUCAUACAGUGGACACAGUCUGACCAGUCACUAUCUGGGGUAAUCAAUGGCCGUACCAACACACUGACCUUUGACCCCCUCCUCACAACCAACGCCACUCAGUACACAUGUACUGCCACUAUCAACAUACCUGCAGUGGACAUCACUAGUACUGGAAGCAACUCUAUAGCCCUCACAGUGGACAUCCCCCCUCCCACUGUGAGUGUGUCCUCACCCACCCCCGUCUACCAUGGCACUAACCACACCCUCUCUUGUAACGCUGGCUAUGACACUAGUGUAGUGACGACUGCUGUGACUCUGGACUACUCCUGGACUGGACCCAACCUCAUAGCCUCCAGUGAUAGUGCUGCUCUCACACUCUCACCAGUGGACCUACCAGCACAGAGCAGCGGAGACUACACUUGCACUGUCAGCGUUAUCCCAGCAGUCUCAACAUUCAUCAACCCUGCCACAGACUCUGAUACUUACACCAUCACUGUACUAGCUGCUCCCCCUCCUGAGGUGUUGACUGGUGUGCCUGUGAGGGAGGAGCGUUGUGGACAAGUGUCCUCCAUCACCUGUACUGCAUCUGUCAUUGAUAACUUUGUAGCCACACCCACCUUCAUGUGGAGGGGGCCAGGUGGAGACAUUGUGGACUCUGACAACAUUCUCAACUUGCCCUCUGUGAUGACUGGGGGAGAGUACACUUGUAUGGCUUGUGUGAAUGUACCACAAGUCAAUAUCAUCAAUCUCUGUACCAACUCAACCAUCACCAUACAGGACACCACCCCCCAGCCAGUGAGUGGUGUGGUGUGUUCCUCCCUCUCUCCCUCCACUCUGAGUGUGAGCUGGUCCCCUCCAACUGACCCUGUCCUCAGUUAUCAGGUGGAGGUCAAAGAAUACAGUAUAGUGGCUGUAGGGAACAUAGUCAGUCUCUCCACUCCAUUUGACCGCCAGAACGUUAUCACCAAUACCACUGUGGAGGGUCUAGCUGCCUCUACCCGGUACCUGGUCAGUGUUCAGGCAGUCAGUGGUGUCGUCUGUAGUGAUUUCACUGAGAUAGACUGCUACACUGAGCAAACACAGCCCCCAGUGGUUACCGGGGUAACUGUGGACAGAAUUAACGGGACUGCCAUGAAUGUCAGCUGGACUCCACUCAACAAAGCUCAGUCCAAUGGCUUCAUUCAGAGUUACAUAGUGACAUACUCUGUUGUCACGACAACACCCAAUCGUAAGAGACAAGGCUCUCAACAAGUGACAGUAUCCAGUGACAAGAGUAGCACUAUCAUUGGAGGACUGGACCCGGGGUCAGAGUACAGUGUUGGUGUGAACGCUAGUGGAGCAGGGGGAACUUCACAAUCCUCUCCUCCGAUAGUGUCCCCCACUAUAACCUCAGUGUUGUUCCAGCUCAGACUCACCAACAUCAACAACUGUCCUGACUGGGUCGAACAACCAGACAGGCUAACUGCUGUCACUGAAGCACUGGUGUCUGAGAUCCAGGGUCUUUGUCAGUGUUCCUUUGCUCUUAGUGAUAUCCAAGAGCCAUCCUUCCAAUGCUUCCCAGAGUCAAACCAAGCUGUAACCUUCCGUGCCAUCACUACCUCCAGUUUCAUUGGUGACAUAUCACGCUGGAUUGCUGACGAUGGUUUACUGAGAGUACAGAGGAUUUUUAUACGAGUGGACAAGACUUGUCAGGUGGAGAUAUCGAACUUUGAGGACACCGAGUGUAACACUAUACCUGUGGGUAGUGAGUCAUCAGCUGCAGUGAUUGGUGGAGUGGUGGGGGUGGUCAUUGUCCUUAUCGUUGCUGUUACCAUUACAGUCAUAGUGAUUGCUGUGCUGGUGUUCAAGAGCAGGAGAGAGAAACUGACUGUCCACAGAACAACAAAACGUGCUCUACCCCCCGUGUCCCUACAGGGUGUGGUCAGUACUGGUGAGAUAAAACCAUACGAGAUGAUAGAAAUGGGUAAUCAUGAAUAUGAGGAAGUAUCCAAGUUCCAACAACCGAGUGGUGGGGAGUAUGAGAUGGUGGGAGGCUCAUCAGCUGGCUAUGAGAACAGGGCUGCUAUAAUGGCUACCAAACAAACAUCACCGCCCCCUCCACCCUCUCCACAACCUUCACAACCCUCACAACAGGAGACAGUGGAUGCCGGGGGUGACUUUGAGGUCACUGAGUGCAUUGCCUACAGUACGACCACCCAUGGCCCCCCUCCCCCCAGCACUACCACCCAUGGCCCCCCUCCCCCCAGCACUACCACCCAUGGCCCCCCUCCUCCUCCCAGCACUACCACCCAUGGCCCCCCUCCUCCUCCCAGCACUACCACCCACGGCCCCCCUCCCCCCAGCACUACCAGUGGAGACCCACUGUAUGCUAACUGACACUAAUGGACUUUGUCACUAACUACCUCAUUCAUACACUCCCAACAUGAUUGUAGAAUUUUUCAGUUUUUUGCGGAUACAAAUUUUCUCUUAGUUUAUAGAUAGCAUUUGCAUAGCAAUUGUUCACCUGUUAUUUUGUACUCAUCAAGUUAUGAUCACUGAUCACUUAUAGCAAAUAUGUCAUUUUGUACAUGUAGUCAUUAAGUUAUGAUCACAUAGAAAAUAAACCA